GCAUCAAUUUUCUGUCUGUCUGUCACUCUCUCCUCUAUAUGACUAUAUUGAGUCUUGUCUCCUCUCCUUAUAUCAUGUCAUAUACCACUUUUCCAAAAUAAAUUCAAAUCCAAAGCAAGCUUUUCUUCAUUGCCACCCGAAUUUCAAUAGGACACAUAUCUUUGAUCUUUCACAGUUUCACUCACCUUUCCAUCAAUAAUAAAGAACAAUAUUACUAGUAACAUUACCAUGGGAGAUCAUAGUAACUGGGAAACUUCUGAACUUAGUCAUAAUAAUCAUCAUCAAAAUCAUCAAGUUGGACUUGAUGUUCUUAAAUUCAAGUCUGUUCAACCUCCCUCACUACCCCUCUCUCCCUCUCCAAUCUCCCCUUCUUCUUACUUGAACUUUUCAUCUGCUUUCAGCCCUUCUGAGUUGUUGAACUCACCUUUGUUUUUUCCUUCUCCAAAUAUUUUUGCUUCUCCUACUACUGAGGCCUUGGUUGGCCAGAGCUUCAACUGGAGGAACGGUUCAGGUGAAGAACAACAGCGUGGCAAGGAGGAUGAGAAAAACUACUCUGACUUCUCUUUCCAAAGCCAAAUUCAAUCUUCCUUAAACAUGUUUCAAGUGCAGGAACCGCUUAAGAAACAAGACAUGUGGAAAUUCAAUGAACCUACAAAGCAGUCUGAUUUUUCAUCUGAGAGGACAGCAACAAAAUCUGAAUACCCUUCAAUUCAGAAAUUUUCCUCAGAAAUGGCUGCUGGAAAACCAGAAAUACAAAGUAAUUCAGUUCCAGGGUCUGGUUAUUUUGACUAUACAAGUGCAUCUCUGUCUGUUAGAGAACAAAAGAGAGCAGAAGAUGGGUUCAACUGGAGAAAAUAUGGACAGAAACAAGUGAAAGGGAGUGAAAAUCCUCGUAGUUAUUACAAGUGCACACAUCCAAAUUGCUCAGUGAAGAAGAAAGUGGAGAAGACUUUGGAAGGACAAAUCACUGAAAUAGUAUAUAAGGGCCAACAUAACCACCCUAAACUGCAGUCUACUAGAAGAACAAACUCUCAAUCAAUUAAUCAACCUUCUUCAUCGUGCACAAAUUCAGGGAUAUCUGAUCAAUCAGUGGUGACCCUAGGAAAUCCACAAAUGGAUCAUUUCUCCAUACAAGAAGAUUCUUCUGCUUCUGUUGGAGAGGAAAAUUUUGAGCAAACAUCGCAAACCAGUUAUUCUGGAGGAGAUGAAGAUAACCUUGGACCAGAUGCCAAAAGAUGGAAGGAAGAUAACAAAAACGAUGGCUAUUCUGUCUCAGGGAGUAGAACGGUUAGAGAGCCUAGAGUUGUAGUUCAAACCACAAGCGAAAUUGAUAUACUUGAUGAUGGCUUUAGGUGGAGGAAAUAUGGACAGAAAGUAGUCAAAGGAAACCCAAAUGCAAGGAGCUAUUACAAAUGCACGGCCCCUGGUUGCUCAGUGAGAAAACACGUUGAGCGAGCUGCACAUGACAUCAAAGCUGUGAUCACAACUUAUGAAGGGAAACACAACCAUGAUGUACCUGCUGCACGUGGUAGCGGAAACUAUUACAUGAACAGAAAUUCUCUGAACAGCAGCAUACCAGCACCUAUAAGACCCUCGGCAGUGAAUUGUUAUUCUAACUCAUCAAGUUUCACAAACUCUCUCUAUAAUAAUACUAGACAUCCAGCAACUGGAAAUCAAGAAUCAUGUUCACUGGACAAGUUCAAGAACCCUGGAAGUUUUGGCUAUUCAGCUCUUAACAGAUCAAUGAGUUCACAUACCGAUCAUGCGCAAUACACAGAUGCUGCACACUCAAAGGCCAAGGAUGAAAGGAAGGAUGACUCAUUCCUUCAGUCAUUUCUCUCAAAGGACUACUGAAUUUGAACUGGACCACAACUUUACGUAUAAUCUUGGAUAUGUUUUUGUAUAGCAUGUAGGACUUUAGUUUUUUCACAGCAGAAUAUAGACAAAAAAUUUGCAAAUGUUUACUUAUUUACCUCAUUUAGAUUAGUGAUUGGCACUACAGCCAUAGUGACAGCAAAUUGCUGCUAUACCUGCCUGCCAAGUUCAUGUCCAAAUAGAAACUUCAACUUUACCAUAGGAUUGACUGAUGAAUUCAGUUAUUCUUUUGUUGUAUUUGUAGGGAAAAAGGUUCUUCUGGAAGAAUCUUCCGAUAUUUCAUCAAUCCGUAGCAUGUGUGCUUGUUUUGGCAAUUUCUACUUUUAGUUUUUAUCAAAUGAUUUGUGAUGAAAA